AUGCCUAAACGCAAACUCUCCGACUUCACGGACGCCGCCCCGUCGCAAACCCAACACCAGAACCAGAACCUCAAGCUCCAAACAACCCGGCUAAAGCAAAAGUUCGAUUUCGGCGUUACCGCACUCUCGCGCGCACUCAAGGCAGCGCGGGGGUUCGAACGGCAGAAACUUGGUCGACGGCAGAAAACAGCUAAGGCGCCGACGGAAAAUGCGAAGCCCAAUGCGAACCCGGAGGAGACGGCGAAGAGGAUUGAGAGGGAGAUUGCGAUUUUGAAGACUCUAGACCCAACAGCCACAGCAGAAAAAUACCUCUUCAAGCAACUCGCCAAAACGAAACGGAUAGCCGAAGCGCCUAUUUUCUACCGGUUUAAGCAGUCAAAGAAACUCGCCGUUGAGGGGCCAAAGAGUACAGAGGAAGCCAAUGUUACCGCCAGACUAUUCAAGUCGAAUCCGGUGAAGAAUGUGCUUCCGGGGAUUAUGGAUGGUUUGAGGGGGUUAUUUGGGUUGGAAGAGGCACAAGGGAAGAAGAAAGGGAAAGAGGGCGGUUCGACGAAGGGAGCAAAGGAGGAUGGCGCUGUGUCGAAGAAGAGUGGGAAUGUCGAGCGGGUAGCAUUGGAUGUUUCUGGGUCCGAGUCCGAGCCUGAAUCUGGAGACGAAGGACGGGAUGUGGACAUGGAGGACGCAGGGAGUGAUGAGGAGGACUUCUCGCGGUUCGACGCACGGCUGGCUUCGGACUCAGAGGAUAAUGAUGAUGACGAUGGCACCUCUGAAGACGGCCAACUCCGCACAGAGUCAAGAGCACAGCUUGCCCGUUCCGAUAUGUCUAUUUCUCUAUCACCCUCACCCUCACAAUCCCCACCACAGAAGAAGCCCAAGUCCCAAACAAAAGCUCCCGCAACAAGCACAACCUUCCUCCCCUCCUUGAUGAUGGGUGGGUACUGGUCCGGCUCUGAAUCCGAACCAGAAGAAAUCGAAGAGGCGCCGAAGCGGAAGAACCGAAUGGGCCAGCAAGCGCGACGAGCACUCUGGGAGAAGAAAUAUGGCGCUUCAGCGAACCACGUCAAAAACCAGCAGAAGAGCGGCAAGAAGGGUAGAGACAGUGGCUGGGAUCCCCGCAAGGGUGCUACUGGAGAUGGUGACAGCGGGAGACGCAAAUUCGGCACAGGGUCUAAUGCUACGGCUGUGGUUGGUGAGAAGAAGUUCGGACAGAGUGGUAAUGGUAAAGAGACUCGGGCCGGACCGAGUAAGAAGAAACCUGACGAUAACAAACCAUUGCAUCCUUCUUGGGAGGCAGCUAGGAAGGCAAAGGAACAGAAGUCUACUGCUUCGUUCCAGGGGAAGAAGCUCGUUUUUGAUUGA